CCCGAUCGACCCGUCGGGCCACGCUCGUAGCAACGUGUUGAUGAUGCGGUAUCGACGGGAGACCGAACAAACGGAGCGCGAUUUGUUUGCGGAGAAUGAGAGGGAGGUAGAGAGAGAAAACGAGUGCCGCAGCAGCGACGGUGCAGUGAUUGUUUCAACUCCGCGAAAACGGUCCCGUCCGCCCGUAGCGAAACGGCUGAAAAAUACAUCGUUUGAUAAAGCGCUGAAAUAAUAAUCGGGACGCGAUGCCGGGGAUUGCGAGCGCGACCGGCCUCAUGUCGGCGCGAAUUCGACCGGUUCACCGGCCGAAGCCGAAGAGCGUGCAAUUGUCGGGCUGCACGAAAGCGGCGCCGUUCGCUCUUCGACCGUUCGCCGGCCUCUUCAAUCCAUAUCCCUACGGCUGCUCGGUGCUGUGCAACCACCCGGCGGAUUGCGAAGCGAAGGAGGUGGUGCGACGCGCCAAAGACACAUGGGCGACCGAAGGAAAAGCGCUCUUGCUGCCGGAGGAGAUGGAGAUGAUACGGACGAGUUUGAUGGCGGGCGGCGGCGGGGGUGGCGGUGAGGUGGCUGGAAAUGUCGGAGGUGGCGAUGGCUGCAAUACCGAGGCGACUGCCGUGCCCGAGGAGCUCUUCCGGAAAUACACGGAGACCGACUCGCGACCUCCGACCCCGGCGCCCACGCUCGCCAGUGGGCCGGCGUUGACCAAUCGCGCGGCGACCCAGGAAGAUUUACCGGCGACCUGUAAUCCGCGCGAACGCACCACCCUGGUCCUCGAUCUUCGCGCCGCGAAUUCGCGCCACCACCAAGAGAGCGAGACCUUCAGCUGGCACGCACUUACGCUCGAGCCGCCGCCGACGCCCCGGAAGAGCGAGAUAUUCGUCAGUAAGCCGAUCCCGCGGCAUUUGUCAACAUCGUUCUUCGUCCUUCGUGAAGUAACGUUGCCGCUGCCUGUGAAUAAGAGUUCGUCCAGGGACGACGAGGGAGCGAGGGAGGAGGCCGACAGCGGCAGCGAGCGGCCCGUAAUUAUUCGGCGGCGGGGAAAGCGGUUGCGUAAAAGAAAGUGCAGGAGGGGCUCGACGUACGGCCAACAAACGGAAGUUCGCGAUCCGCUCGAGCCGACAGUGACGCAGGUCUCGCAAAUCGGAGACGGAUCGAGACGACCAUCGUCAAACGUCGUAUCUACGUCCUACAACGUCGCUGUGUUACCUGACUGGGAAGCUUUAUUACCCUCAUUUCUAGCAAUUGGGAAUCGAGAAUCUCCGGGGAACAGAACUUUUUCGCAAAAUUCUGACAGGCUUCGUACAGCAAAUGCGGCCGAAACCGGCGAUGGCGCGGCCCCCAAAAAAUCGCCGGCGCCAGUCGCGAGUUCUCACACGAUGCCUCCGAGUUUCCUCGCGGCCGACAUUCUGAAGCACCUGUGCAGAGAGCUGGACCGCGACAAGGUGGAGGCGGAAUUCUCGAUCAAAAGGCGGAUCGCCCUGGAGGAGGCACUGAGGGUGAAAGGCGACGUUUCGUAUUCGCGCGGAUCUCGCCUGACCAGUGCCGGCCUGUCAGCGCAAAACGCACCCCGAAUAUUCUCCCGUCAAGUGGCGCGUUUCGAGUUACUCGGCGGUCAGAGUCUCUGCGGACUGACGCCUCUGCGGUACCUCAGCAAGCACGUGUGCGUGACGUCAGGUAGGAAGCUGAUAUUCGGCCGGAUAUUUGCAAGAUUCAACGAGGAAACGUCGCAGGAAGAACGGCGUGUCUCGCCGAACGAUGUCGAAGAGGCCCUUCAGGAAGUGGUCGGGAAGGCGUUGACGGACGAGCAACGGUCUUAUCUUAGGACCGUGCUAGGAGAGAUAACGGAGUCGUUGAACUUCAGGGAGUGGUGCGGUUUAUGCGCCGUCGUCGAGAGGCUGCUGUGUCCUCUGCCGCCGAAGGCGAGCGACCCGCCCACGUGGCUCGAGCAAGCGGACUUCGAAGCUCUGGAACGGAGACUCAGGUCAGCCGGGUCAGUCGACUCUACGUUGGCGUUAUUGUUGAAGGAGAUUCGUGACAGAUAAAAUGACGGGAAUCUCUUAUGCAUUAUCCUUUUUUUUUUCUUUAUCACAGUGAUCGCUAGCUUUAUAAUGUAUCGUAAGUCUCGCGACGCGUUUAGUAGUUAUGAUUAUUGUUUAAUGCGUAUAAGCCUAAAAUAAAACUUCUUCGCGGUUCUACAAAUGAACCCUAUAUAUAUAUUUUUUCCCCUUUUAUAUAUAUAUAUAUAUAUAUAUGUAUAUUUCGACGUUUUGCACAGCGGUUGUACGAUAGAGUUUGAUAUUCCAAGCGAAGACAUAUACAAAAGUAUGAGCGUCACUUCGUUCAUAAUAAUAAGAUUACGAAUUAUGAUGACUCUAUUACCAGAUAUACCUACUUUUACCUUGCCCGUUAAUACGCGUUAAUUAUUACGUCGAAAUGAAACCGUCCACAAGUGCAUCUCGUUCCUCUCUCUCUCUCUCUCUCUUUCUCUCUCUCUUUAUUUUCAGUAUAAAAAAUGGACCGUAGUUCUCAAUUUCCUCUCUCGUCUCGACACUGAUAUGUAAUUCACUCUCUCGUAGAACUCUGUAAUAUAGGUCGAACGUUAAUUAAUCUCAUGUACGUCGGCGUUGUCUCGCGCGACGCGCGUUGAGGCAAGGAUUACGAUCCGUCCGCAAACGCAAUGAACGAAUACUUACUCGUCCAUUUUUAGCGGUCUAUUCGACAACACGAGAUGCGGGACGAAAGAAAGCCUCCUCAAUCUACGUUCAUCGCACAUUUUAUUGCCGGAGCGGAUUCGCGUCCACAUCCACUCGAGCGUACACACAUUGGCGUCGGUACUCGAUCCACUUGUUUCAUUCCUUCUUUUUUUCUUUCUUUUUUUUUGGCUAAUAUACAAACGAGUUCUCUGGUUCGUGCUCUCUUCCUUUCUUUCUUUCUCUCUCUCCCUCUCACUCUCUCCCUUUCACUCUCUUCCAUUCUCUCAUUUAACAACAUAAUAAAUAAUGGAUCACUUUUGUAAUGUCGAUAGGGAUAAUAUAAAACCGGUUCGUGUACAUGUGUGCAUGUGUAUGUGUGUGUGUGUGUCAGUAAAUAAAUUAAGUAAAUGAGAGCGGUACAUUCGCC